AUGGAGCACAAUUCGGGUUAUUCAAGGAUGUUCUUUUUAUUUCUCCUUGGUUCGACUUCCUUCAUUUUACUCUCACACUUGGCUUCUGCAGCCACACCUAAGCUCAACUCUGAAGAGGUGAAGGCAUUGAAAGAGAUAGGGAGGAAAAUUGGGAAGAAAGAUUGGGACUUUGGGGUGGACCCUUGCAGUGGAAAAGGGAACUGGAAUGGGUCUGAUAAUAAUAGGAAAGGCUUUGAGAGUUCUGUGAUGUGUGAUUGUUCCUUCAAUCACAAUUCUUCUUGCCAUGUUGUAAGCAUAUCCUUGAAGGCUCAGAAUCUGUCUGGUACUCUCUCAUCAGAGUUUUCAAAGCUUCGUUAUCUUAAACUAUUGGACCUUAGUCGUAACAUCAUCACUGGUUCUAUACCUCAACAAUGGGCUACCAUGCGCUUAGUUGAGAUCUCUUUCAUGGGAAACAGAUUGUCAGGGCCAUUUCCCACAGUUCUAACCAAUAUCACAACCCUCAAAAACCUGAGUAUUGAAGGAAAUCUAUUUUCAGGCUUCAUUCCAACAGAGAUUGAAAAGUUGAUCAAUUUAGAAAAACUCAUUCUAUCAUCAAAUGCAUUCACUGGAGCAUUUCCAUCCGCACUUUCCAAGUUGACCAAGUUGACUGAUUUGAGGAUAGGCGACAAUAAUUUCUUUGGGACGAUACCUGAUUUCAUUAGUAAAUUGACACUGAUUGAAAAGCUGCACAUUCAUGGUUGCUCUCUUGAGGGCCCCAUACCUUCUAGCAUUUCUGCCUUGACAAGAUUAACCGAUUUGAGAAUAACUGACCUGAAAGGCAAUAGAAGCUCUGCUUUCCCACCACUAAGUAAUAUGAAAUCCAUGAAGACACUGAUACUGAGAAAAUGCUUGAUUAAAGGAGAGAUCCCGGAAUAUAUUGGGAGAAUGGAAAAACUGAAAAUCUUAGAUUUGAGUUUCAAUGGCUUGAGUGGAAAGAUACCUGGAUCUUUUAACCAACUUGACAAAGUGGACUACAUGUAUCUUAUUGGGAACAAGCUGACAGGGUCUAUACCUGGUUGGGUCCUUGCGAUUAACAAAAAUAUUGAUUUCUCUUACAAUAACUUCGCCUGGGAUAGCUCAAGUCCAACUGAAUGUCAACGAGGGAAUGUAAACCUUGUCGAGAGCUACUCCUCAUCUGCGGAUCCACAAAGUAAGAUUCAUUCAUGCCUAAAAAGAAACUUUCCAUGCCCUGCUUCGGUUAGCAAAUAUCAUUACUCCAUGCACAUUAAUUGUGGUGGUAAUGAAGCAAAUAUUAGUGGUAAUAUUUAUGAAGCUGAUAGAGAACAAAAAGGUGCUUCAAUGUUAUAUUACCCUGGUCAGGAUUGGGCUCUUAGUAGCACUGGGAACUUCAUGGACAAUGAUAUUGACUCUGAUUCCUAUAUUGUGGUCAAUACUUCUAGACUUAAUAGUGUCUCGGUACUCAAUUCAGAACUGUACACAACAGCUCGUGUUUCUCCGCUUGCUCUCACAUAUUAUGGCCUCUGUCUAAUAAACGGAAAUUACACUGUUAAGCUCCACUUUGCAGAAAUUAUUUACAUAAAUGAUAGGUCAUAUAACAGUCUUGGCAGGCGGGUAUUUGAUGUCUACGUCCAGGGGGAAUUGGUGCUGAAAGACUUUAAUAUCCAAAACGAAGCUGGUGGUACUGGCAAGCCAAUUGUGAAGACAUUUAAUGCUACUGUCACACAACAUACUUUGAAGAUUCACUUUUAUUGGGCUGGAAAGGGAACCACUGGCAUACCCACAAGAGGAGUUUAUGGACCUUUAGUAUCUGCUAUUUCAGUAGACCCUAAUUUUAAACCUCCCUCUGAGGAUGGCUACAGAACUUAUGUCAUACUGGCAGUUGGCGUAGUCGCAGGUGUUGUAGUUGUUCUUAUGGUGCUAGCUAUCGUGUGGGGAAUGGGAUGGUUAGGAGGCAAGGACCCAGUGUAUAAAGAGCUUAAGGGUAUAGAUCUGCAAAUGGGAUUAUUUACUUUAAGACAAAUCAAAGCAGCAACCAAAAACUUUGAUGCAGCAUACAAAAUUGGCGAAGGUGGCUUUGGUUCUGUUUACAAGGGACUACUAUCAGAUGGUACAGUAAUUGCGGUAAAGCAGCUCUCUUCAAAAUCUAAGCAAGGAAACCGUGAGUUUGUGAAUGAGAUAGGAAUGCUAUCUGGACUUCAGCAUCCCAAUCUUGUUAAGCUUCAUGGAUGUUGUGUGGAGGGAAACCAGCUAAUACUGAUAUAUGAGUAUAUGGAAAAUAAUUGUCUAUCUCGCAUUCUUUUUGGAAAGGAUCCAAACAGAAGAACGAAACUAGACUGGCCAACCAGGAAGAAUAUUUGCCUUGGCAUAGCUAGAGCUCUGGCUUAUCUCCAUGAAGAGUCCAGAAUAAAAAUCAUUCACCGGGAUAUAAAAACAAGUAAUGUGUUGCUCGACAAGGAUUUUAAUGCUAAAGUUUCGGAUUUUGGCUUAGCAAAACUUAUUGAAGAUGACAAAACUCAUGUUAGCACUCGAAUUGCAGGAACAAUUGGUUAUAUGGCUCCUGAGUAUGCAAUGCGUGGCUAUUUAACUGAUAAAGCAGAUGUUUAUAGUUUUGGGGUAGUUGCAUUGGAAACUGUCAGCGGAAAGAGCAAUACAAAUUACAUGCCGAACGAGGAAUUUGUUUAUCUUCUUGAUUGGGCCUAUGUUUUGCAAGAGAGAGGAAAUCUUCUGGAGCUGGUUGAUCCAGGUUUGAGUUCAGAAUAUUCAACUGAGGAGGUCAUGGUGAUGCUAAAUGUGGCUCUUUUAUGUACUAAUGCAUCUCCUACCCUAAGGCCAACAAUGUCCCAAGUCGUGAGCAUGCUUGAAGGUUGGACUGACAUUCAUGAUCUACUUUCUGAUCCGGGAUAUUCAGCUCCUAGUUCCAAUUCCAAAUAUAAAAGUAUUCACUUCUGGCAGAAUCCAAGUAGAACACAAAGCAUGUCACUACAUAGUACAUAUACUGAUUCCUCUACCUCACGUGUUGAUAUAGAAGAGAGCUACCGUCUCGUAACAAUUACACCGGAUGGACCAAACAUUAGAUAGUAUAUAUACUAAUUACUAACAUCAUGUAUUUAGUACAAAACUCUUAUGUAAGUUAAUAUUUUUACAGUAUUUGUAAUAGAAU